AUGACUUUGCCUACUGAAACUGCUGCGGGCAUGGCCGUCAAUGCGCCGCAAGAAGAAGGGAGCAUGAUAAAGGAGGGGACCAGGUGGUCUCCAGCAGACAUCACGUUACUCCAGCAGCUACGCGCGAAGGAUCCUGAUUGCUUGCAGAGUGACUUCGCCAAGAAACACGCCAGCCGCUUCUCGCGAAAGCACACAUCGAUCGCAGCAAAGCUAUCGUUCAUCAAAACCAGACAGAUUCCGCGGGAAAGAAUGCCCGAAGGGCUUUCAACAGCUUCCUCUUCGCCUUUGGGGAAGCGGCUACACCAGUCCGAUACCGAGGACCAGGAUGCCGGAGCCGAGCGCCGCAGCCGCCAAUGUAUCGAAGGGAAACAUCAUGAAUCUGAAAAUUACAAUGCUUCGGAAAGAACACCAGGUGACGCGGCGAACCCCAUCGUCUUAGACGACACGCCGGCAGACGAGGCCAUGUUCGAAAGUCCGGCGGCUGAGAACAGUCAGGCCGCACAUAAGAAUGAAGAGCAGCUAAAAGGUUCCAAUGACCAACAGAAACUGAAGGUAGUCACGCUUAGAUACCGCGGCAGUUCUGCAACGUCCAGUUCGGCAUCGAAUGGCCCUGAAGCUUCGGAAUGUUCAACGGGACCCUCUUUGAUGCGACAAGAAACGGAGCGACCGAAUGCGGACCGGGAAGUCAUAGAGGGCUCCUUCUUUGGCCAAUAUAAGUCACCGCCAUCGGUUAUCGAGAAGCUUGACCCGAUGUACGCAAAUCGACUAGCGUUUUCGCCUGGGGAGUCAGUGGCGAGGUCGUUGCCACAAAAGGAAGAAGGACCAGGCAGUAGCUGGGAACCCCUGGAUCUAAUUGACUGGGCGAAACACAAGCUGUCACCAAGUCUAGCUCGAACACUAGCUGUCAAGGCCUCCAGGUUGGGUUCUAGCCAGGUCAGAACGGCCUCUCAGUCGAAACCCCCCAACAAGCCGGAAUUACCUGAACUGCUUCAACCCUUGCGGGAGAUUUCAACUGUUGGUAGCCCUGGUCACAACGGGGAUCUAAGCGAGCUGAAAGCGGCGUUUGACCAAAAGCUCAAAGAGUUAAAAGCCGCCUACGAAAAGAAAUUGGAGGAUCUGGAGAGCCGCUUGAACGGGAAGCUCAAGGUUCUCGAGGCGGAUGGGUUCAAGUUCGUUGACAAUACGAUGCACACACUGAACCAGAAGGUCGAUGCAAUGGCGCUGGAAAAAAGUGCAAUUUCCAAGUUUGAGAAGAAGCUUGAUAGGCUUGCUAGGUUUGUCGAAGACCUGCCAUACAAUAAUGACUAG